CCCUCACUUUAGUUUUGACUUUAGACAGUAACAUUUUGAGGUUAGGCACAGUAAUAAAGAAAAGAUUGUUCAUAAAUUGUUUAUUCUGAAUGUAAUUAACAAGGAACAAUUAUUGUAAUAUUUUUUUGUUUUAUUUAAACAAAAUGUUAUCAUCCAUCGUGAAAGAACAUCAAAGUAAGCAAGCUGCGAGGAAAGAGAGACAAGAGCAAAAACGAAAGGAAGCUGUGCAAGCUGCAAAUAAUUUAACCCAGGCUUUAGUGGAUCAUCUAAAUGUUGGGGUUGCCCAAGCAUAUUUGAAUCAAAAGAAACUCGACGCUGAAGCCAAACAGUUGCAAUAUAGUGCAACAAAUUUUGCUAAACAAACUCAGUCAUGGCUAAAUCUAGUUGAGUCUUUUUCGAGUGCUUUGAAGGAAAUUGGAGAUGCUGAAAAUUGGGCUCGAAGUAUCGAAGGCGAUAUGCGAACGAUCGCCACUGCGUUAGAAUAUUCCUACAAAGCCACGCAGGAAACGCCAGGAACCAAUAGUGUUCAAUAGAGAGCAGUGUUUUUGAUCUGUUUUACUUUUUUUUAAUCAUAGAUGGAGUUGUAUAUAAAUGUUUAUAAAUAGUUAGCGUUAGUAAGGAAAGUUUAAUAUACUAUAAAAAUAGCGAAACUUGAAUAUAAUUCUUCUCGCAAAGGUACGAUUUAUAUCUUUUAUUAUAUAUUCAUUCGAAAUUUAAAUUUAUUAUUUUAUAAAACAUUUUUGUCUACUGUUUUACUGGAUCAUUUUCUGUAGCCUCUGAUAAUACUACCAUAAUCGAAUAGUAAUGUAUACAUAAUAUAUGUUCACUAAAUAAAAAAAUUAUAUAAUUUAAAA